CCAACAAAUAUUUAUUCUCUUUCUUCUUCCUCCUCCAUUUUCUUUUACAUGACUCUUCUUCUUCGUCUUCUUCUCCUUCUUCUUAAUCACUUCUCUGCUUCUUCUUCUCGUGCGCUUCAUCUUCUCGAUCGUCCCUAACCACCGCUGACGGACUCUUCCAGAAUUUGACACUAUGAGGAAGAAGCUUGAUACUCGUUUCCCCGCGGCUCGAAUUAAGAAGAUUAUGCAAACCGAUGAGGAUGUUGGGAAGAUAGCUUUGGCUGUGCCUCUCCUGGUUUCGAAAGCCUUGGAACUGUUUCUGCAGGAUUUAUGUGACCGGACUUAUGACAUAACCCUCAAGAGGGGAGCCAAGACCAUGAAUUCUCUGCAUUUGAAACAGUGUGUCAAGACCUUCAGUGUUUUUGAUUUCUUGAAGGAUAUUGUCAGUAAGGUUCCUGAUCUUGGGGGAUCGGAUGCUGUUGGGGAGGAAUGUCCUGUUGCAAAGAGGAGGAAAGUGGCUGCUGAUGAUGAAGACACCGAGAGUGAUGAUGAGACCAAGAGGGGUAAGAUGAUGAAUGACGCUGGUAAUACUGUUGGAAGUGGCAGAGGAAGGGGUAGAGGCAGAGGAAGGGGGAGGAAAGCGGUUGCCGAUGAUGAAGACACUGAUACUGAUGAUGAGUCCAAGACGAGUCUGAUGCUGCAUGAUGCUGGUAACACCAUUGGAAGUGGCCGGGGAAGAGGAAGGGGUAGGGGCAGGCCUAGAGGUCGCCCACGUGGUAGUCGGACAGGAGGGAAGGAGAUAAGUGCACCCAAUGAGAAAUAUGAAGAUGAUUUGGACAUUGAUAAGCAUGAGGACAAGCUCGAUGAACCCCUUGAGUUGCUGGAUGAUGCAACAGAGCCUAAAGGGUCAAAGGAAAACGCUUCAGGUGGCAAUAGUGCAGAAACAGCUGCUCGGAAUUUUGAUUUGAAUGUGGACUUGAAUGAAAAUGAGGAUUCAACAACUAGAUCAGCCUCUGUUCCUGUUCCUGGUCCUGGUCCUGUUGCAGCUCCUGCUCCUGUUCCUGUUUCUGUACCUGUUCCUGUUCCUGCUAAUCAAUCAUCACAGUUCACGCCUGAUAUGAAGCAUGUGGAAUUUCUAGGUUGGCCUUUGACAGGCAUGGAAAAGAUGGCCAUUGAUCCCAUGCAACUUGCCAAUUUGACUAGGAGGAUAGAUGAGGAAGAGGAAGAUUAUGAUGAAGAUUAACCAGCUAUGACAGUGCGUCUAGGCAUCUGUGGUCGCUCACCUCCCGUAACUCAUUUCUUUCUUCUGACACAUGGGUGGAGUAGAUGUUAGGAAAAAAGUUGUUACUGAAGGUUAGGGUGCACAGUAGUGUAGGGAGAAAGGACACCAAUUCACCAUUGUAGACAAGGUUAGGACUGGGGUUAUUUAAGUUUCAGCUUCUUUUGAAGUUCGUAGUUAUGUUUAUAUAUCAGUCACUAACAACAGUUGAAAACAUAUGAUUUCUUGGUGAUAUUGAAGUCCUUGACUGUGUUAAUUUGCUUCUGAAAAAGGAAAAAGAAUAAAUAGUAGAACUAUAAGUAUGCAAAUCUGUUUACUUAGUGAA